AUGUCAUCACCAUCACUUGAAAUUUCUGAAAGCACCGACAUCUGGCCGGGUGGAGAAGGCUAUGUUUUUGAAACCAAGGCAGAAAGAGAUGAAGAAAUCGAGAGGUGUAGCGAGUACAAUACGAUCGAGUUGAAGUGGAGCACCGCCGAUGAUUUCACCCAGAUCAAUGAAGUCAUAAUCGCCGCCCGAACCUUUCUCAAGAAGGUAGACUUUCCAAUCGAAGAUCUCACGAUCAUGCAAGGUAAAUGGCAGAUUAUGAUUCGAUAUAUAUUUUCUUCAUGUCGACAAAUCCUUCGUCAGCGCUAUCAAGCUUGGCGAAAUGCAGAUAUCGCUUUGGAUGCAAUAAGAAGAGCCCAAAGUGCAGGGGUGACUUUCGGAGACGGGUUCGGGUGGAUAUUACAUGGCAAGGUAGUCGAUCAAGCACAGAAGACUUACAUCGAGCUUGACACUUACCUUGACAACAAUCCUUCCCUUUCCGUGAUCGACCUUCCAAAGCUAGAAAGUUCUGAGGAUGAAGAUGAAUGGAAACACGAACACGAAGAAAACUUAUUGCCUCCAGUCGACCAGAAGGGAAUUGUCGUAGAACAUCUGGGUGAUGGGUCGUCAUCUCCUACUCUGGGCAAUGCGCUGAUUGGCACUGGAUCAAAUGAUCCUUCCGAUGUCCCAACUAGAACAUCCAAUCAAACUAAUUCGUCCGCUAUCGUUAGUGCAGAUCCAACCUCAGUCAUCAGUACUCCAAGUAGCUCCAACAAGUCUGCAGAGUGA